AUGAACGGGACGCGGGCCGCCGCCGCCGUCCUCUCGACGGCCGCGGGCGACGGCACCAUCGCGCCGGGCGACACGCUCGCGGUCCGCUUCGCCGCGCGCCGCGGCGGGCCCGUGCAGGUCGUCGCGCUCUCGGGGCCGGCGAACGGCACGUUCCGCCUCCGCUACCGCUGGAGCGCGUGGACCGCGGCGCUGCCCGCGGACGCACCCGCGGCGGCCGUCAAGGCCGCGCUCGAGGCGCUCGACGUCGCCGGCGCGCGCGACGUCGCCGUGGGCCGCGCCGACGGCGCGGGGCCGGCGUGGCGCGUGACCUUCUUCGGCGGCCACGGCGACGACGACCCGCGCGCGCGGCCGCUCCUCGGCGCGACCGCGGUCUUCGCGGCCGAUGAUCGCGGCGCGCCGGACGCGCCGUCCGUCGUCGGCGACGUCGCCGCCGUGCUCGGCGGCGCGCGCCAGCUCGGCGCGGCGCUCGACGCGGCCUGGACGGCCCCGGACACGCUCACGGUCACCGUCGUCGACGCGGCCGGCGCCGCGGCGCCGGCGGACGUCGUCGCGGGGCGGCUCGCCUUCGUCCCGCGCGUGUCCCUCACGGACCGCCGCGGCACCUGGGUCCCGGGCCGCGAGGCCAUCAACAACACGUGGCGCGCCGCGACCUGCGGCCGGCGGGUCGAGGUAUGA